CAACUAUGGUUGCAAAAAUAGUUUUAUCUGCGCUUUUUGUGAUUGUAUCGCAGUGCGAAUUACAAAAAAGUUCAUGCUCCGUGUAGUUGAAGCUAUAGAGCACUAUUUUUGAGGUUAUGUACAUAGUUUCAGCCUCUCAUAACCUCAAGGUACACGAAUACCACACUGGGGAAACAUUGUACCGCUAUCAUGCGAAAUCGCCGGGUUCUUUAAAUAGUAUUUCCCUUUCAAUGGAUGCCCAUUGGCUCACUGUGGUGCCAGAUUCGGGUUUUCCUGAAAUUGUCUCAGUCCAUGAUCAAUUUAGACCGCUAUUUUUCAUUGACAACGUAGAAGAUGUUACGUGUGCAUCAUUUCAAAACACCAGAAAGAAAUAUCUCUGUUUAGGUACACGUAAAGGAUCAAUUUUACUUUAUGAUAUAAAAUUAAAAAAAAUUCAGAAACAGUUUAAAAGCAGUUCGUCAGUGGUGACACACGUAGCUUUUACUGCAAAGGACAGCCAUACAAUUGCAGCUUGCAAAAACGGUGAUGUUUUGCUGUUUAACAAUGAGACGAAUAUACUUUCCAGCACUCUCAAAGUUCCAAAAUCCACAGCCGUCAAUGCAAUAUGCCCCAAUAUCCAGAAACGUAAUUUAAUAUUAGGUGGUAGCGAAGCUGGUAUUGUUGUUUGUUGGGACAUUCAUAGUUCUAGAAAUAAAUUUGUAAUGGCGGGUCAUAAAGCGCCAAUUACCUCAUUAGCGUUUUCUCCCAUUAAUGCCGAUUUGGUAAUUUCUGCUGGCUUAGAUAGACAGUUUAAUAUGUACGACAUUAAAGGCAGCAUAUGUAUCACACGAGUUUCAGCAGAAAAUAAUAUAACAGCCGUAGAUUUUUCAUCUGAUGGGCAGUUUUUUGCCCUAGGAUGUCAAAACGGUAAAAUAUAUGUCCACGAUGGAAGACAUAUGAAGAAGCCCAUUGUUGUAAUUCAAUCACAUAAAGAACAUAGCGUAAAACAUCUCUUAUUUAGAAAAUUAAGGUUAUCAGAAAAAGAAACUGUGAUGAAAGAAAAUAUGGAUGAAAAGAAUUCUGUGUCCGAUACACCGAAGGUAGAUCGUUCCGAAAUAAAAGAAACCAAAGGAGAUUCAUUUUUGGAUAUACACAUAUCUUCAAAAAUUAAAGCAGAAAACAGUGAUUCAUUUGUACCAAAUUUUGGUAACUCUAAAGGUAGUGAUAAUAAUGAUAAGAUGGUUUUGGGACUUGGUUCGAGUUCAAGUGCAUCCAACGUCAUAGAGGUAACUGGAUCUGAUGAGAAGGAUUUAUUUAUGGACGCUUUAGAUUUGCAUCAAAAUGUAUAUAUGUCACAGGAAACACAAACUGAACAGCCCGUCAAAGUGACAAAUGGUACUCAAAUUUCUGUCAUGUUAACCAAUUCACCACCGAAAUUAGAUAAGGAAACUUAUAUUGAUUCGUCUCUAAUAGCCCCUUGUCCAAUUUUUAAGCCCGACACAGAUUCGGCAACCAUAAGGAGUAUUGUUGAGGAAAUAAUAUCUGAACAGUUGAAACUGUUUAAAGAAGAUAUACUUGAGUAUUGUUUUCAGAAAAAGAAUGAUUCAAUAAAAAUGCAUUUGAACAUUCUCCAAAUGAUUUACGACUUAAAAAUUAAUAAUGAAGUAACUUUUAAUGAAAUUCUGGAUAGAUUAGGUAAUACGGAAAUUUUAAAAAAAGAGAUAAGUGAUUUGAAAACUAUUCUUAUGCACUUUCAAAUGCAUUUAAUUCCUACUAAACUACAAUAAAGGUUUAUAAUCUAAUAUGUCCUAAAUAAUAUAGUAGCUUUAUAUUAAAUGUUUAUAAUAUAUAUAUGUAAAUA